GGAGGGGAUUUUACAAAACAUGUCUUCAUGCAUCUACCCCAAAAAACCACCCUCUGGAUGGGGGUUCAGCUGGCAGGUCAAAGCCAGUGCCCUCCCCUCCUCGCUCCCAGCGCUCGGCUGUGGAAUUUGUGCCGUGGGAGCGGUGCCGCCAAAACCGCCGGCCGCAGCCGGGAUAUUUGAACUGCGGUGAUGCCGCCAGCCUUAGACUUCAGUCCGCAUUUGUGCCUAGCACAGAAGUCACAAAAAUGUGCACGGCAGCGUGAAAAAAAAGGAAAAUAUCUCUGCUCAGCAGUGCAAAUCUCUGUGAGCAGCACAGAGCGCAGGAGGAUUUUACCACCUUCUCUCUCUCUUCUUUUUUUUUUUUUUUUUUUUACAUAACCUGAAAUAAAAUAAUCCUAUCUUCCUUUUAGUUGCCAAAAAAGACAUUCUGUUCUUGGCUAAGACUUCUUACUCAUCUAUUUUACUGAAAACAGCUUUUGGAACAAGUACAUAAUGCAAUGGAUCAAACCCGCAGGAAUUCCUCUCUGGCACCAGAACUCCCACUAUCCUGGGAAUACUUUCUAACAAAUAUUUAGCCCAGAUGUGCAUUCCUUUCUUCCUCUCUCUCUCUCCCUCCUUUUUUUUUUUUCAAGCAUUAAAGUUUUUGUGUUUUUUUUUGGGGGGGGGGUCUAAUGAGGGGGGAAGGGAAGCGAAUCUGCUAAGUCCCAUUUCUGGCGCCCAGCGAGUUGCAGGGUAAAGCCCUAAUACGCAGGAAUGCGAAGAAUUAAUGUUUUAACUAUCCUCCUCUUGGACAACGUAUCAACAGUAAAUAUUUCGAGUCAUUUAGAUUUAAGAAGGCUUGGCAUUUGUUUAGCCCAGCGAGCAGGAAGGCAACCAAAACCACUAUCAGCGGCCACUCGGGCUGGUUCUAAGAGGCUGCACAAAGAGAUACCGCGGAUAAGAAGGUUCGGCGCCCGAUUUUGGGGCCCUAUCUGCACUUUUUACGGGGCAGCGCACGCAGCCAUGCAAGGCAGGCGAAGGAAAACUCUCCCAGUGUACCCUUGCUUGCGCUGCUGCUCCUUGAAGCAGCUUCUAGGGUAUCGUGGCAAUAUUUGCAAUUUCUUCUUUUCCAACCAGGGAAUAUCCCAAAGGGUGGAAGGAUCCCAACUCUGCGCGCAAGCUGAAAGCAGACUCUUCCUCCACAAAGCAACUUGUGUUAACAAAAAAAAAAAAAAAGCAAACAACCAGUGCAAUGCACUAAAAGCACAUAUUUUCAGAGCCAACCUCCUGGCUCUAGGAGCACCAGCAUCCUCCCGCUGCCCGGGCAGCCGGGUGGGCUCAUCCCGGAGCAUGGGGUCAAGGUCGCAGCCCAGCCCCAGCUGCGUGCCUCAAGCCAGGAUAAAUAUUGGUUUAAAACCCACUUCAGCCAGGUACGACUCACGCAGUGAACCCCGGGGGAGUCUUUUGCCCCCCUUUUCCAGGUGUUCAUUUGCACGCAGGUCGGGUGACCUUGGCGUGAGCAUUGCGAAAAACUGGUGCGGCGCUGAGCCUUGUGCUGAGUCCCCCCAAAUCCUUGCCGGCUCACGGCAGCAGGGAGCCUGGCAAUGCCUGCAGGCAACUUCGUCACCCCCGUGCUAUCGGCACCGACUCACUGCCCGUCCAUUUAACUAUUUUAAUUCCUGCCAUAUUUACCUCUGUGGGUUCCCAGCCACCGCUGGGGCAGCCUCCCUGUGAGGUCGCUUCCCAGUUUCGGGGCCAGCAGCGGUGCCGUCUGGUUCAGCCCAGCUGAUUUUCCCCCCUCCAAGGCCGGGUCUAAGGUUUCAUAACCUUCCCCCCGGUUAAAAAUAACCUCCCCUGCUGCCGCACGACCCAGGCGCGGAGGCACGGAUCAGCUCGCGGUGCCACAAGUGCGCUCUCCUGCGGGGCUGGGCGAAACGCCUUCCCCGGGAAGCAGGGCAAAAGAGCUCGCUCCUGCCAAUAUUUUGGGAAGCUCGCAAAGAAAAAGCUCCGCGGGGUUUGCCACCAAGCCCUUCUUUCCCCCUGACAGCCCGAAAGGUACACGCCGUGCGUUACCUUGCCGGCCGUACAUACGCCCCCGUUUCCUGCGCUGAAUUAUUAAAGGCUCACUGGGAGCUGCGGAAGAAACGCUCCGGCACGAAAGCGAAGCACGGAAAGGAAAUAAUAAAAAGAAAAAAAUAUAUAUAAAAAAAAAUGAAAAAAUAAUAAUAAUUAGCUGUGGGACAGGGCUUCUCCCUGCACGCCAGCCCCAUCCCACGGCGACGCUGGGCACGGCGGAGGUGACAAGCGCUCGGGGAAGCCAGAAAAGAGGAAUAAAUCGACGUUUGGAAACUCGAGCGGGUUUAUUCGCUGCUCUUGUUCCUUAUUUCCCCCCCCCCAAGGUGCGGUGUGAGAGCCCCCCCGGGUCGGUUGUGAAGGAGACCCGGGGGGGGGCGCCCCGUCCGUCGGUCGGGCGGUCGGUCGGGCGGUCGGAGCGCCGGUAGGUGUUGCUGUAGCGACGGGAAAACAUCCCCGAGCCGGGGAGUUUGGGGAAGAGGGAGCCUGCCGGGCUCCCCCCCCCCCCCCCCCCCCCCCCCGCGUUUUAUUUCACCACCACCGCACCGGAGGCGCAGCGUUUCUUUGCGAGCUGACGGGGGGCGCGAUAUCCCCCCCCCCAAAAAAAAAAAAAAUUUUUUUUUUUUUUUUAAGGGGGGCACAGCAGGGUCUCCCCAAGACUCUCCCCUUUCCCCCUCUUAGCCAAGAGGUCCGGGGAGCUCCGCGAUGUGUCCCGGUUGUGUCCCCGAUGCGCGUCCCCCCCCAGCUCCCUUCACCCCCAGCCCGGCUGGGAAGGAAGGGGGGCGGGGGGGGGGGAGCAGUCAGCCAGACCCCGAUCCCCAAAACCCCCCA